UCCAACCAGAGUCUAAUUAUCGUCCAACAUUGAAAAACUCCUUUUCUCCAACUUUGAAAACUCAUUUUGCAAAUCAAAUUGAAUAUCUGGGUUUUUACGCCAUUCCUUGCUCACCCCAGUCAACCCUACCUCUACUUCACCAUUCUUUUUCUACUCUUUCUCCACCAUGCCAAAACCAACAGAACAGCCUCCAAACAAUAUCCACACUCUCCGGGCAGAGAGAGACCUAGGAGCCAAUUUGGAGGUAGAUCUUGCAUCGAAGCUCGAAGACUACCUGUUGAAGAUUUACUCGGGCAAAAUUACAGCCGCUACCGCCUCUCUAAAUUUGGCCGAAGGUCUGGGUUCUUUGUGCUUUUAUGGUAACACGUUCUUUGCGUUUCUGUUUUCUUGUUGAUUAAUUGCUGUUUAUUUUGGGAGUGGAGUUGCUUCGCUGCUUCAAGGAUCCAUUCAGGUGUAUAGUAGGAAGGUCCAGUAUUUAUAUAACCUGGUGUUGCAUGCUUUGGAGUCUCUUUCUCAAAAGAGCUUGUCCAUUUAUUGGGAGCCACUAUGCCAACUAUGUAGUACUUUUGUUGAGGAGCAAGCAGAGGGCACAUCAGUUCAGGCUGAGCAAAGUGGUUCCCAUGCAAUUUCUGAUGAAGAAAAUGAUCAAUUGCACACCCAUAAGUUAUGCUUAUUUUGUCAACAAUUUUCACAAGGUUUACUUUUGUGGAUAUAGAUGCCCAGAUCAUUUUAUUAAUAUUUUGAAUUUGGUUUACUUUUACAUCAGCUUGUCCAUUUAUUGGGAGCCACUAUGCCAACUAUGUAGUACUUUUGUUGAGGAGCAAGCAGAGGGCACAUCAGUUCAGGCUGAGCAAAGUGGUUCCCAUGCAGUUUCUGAUGAAGAAAAUGAUCAAUUUUGGUGCCUAGAUGAUGUCCCUGUGGAAGCAAAUAAUUCCUUAGAUGAUUCAACUAGUAAAGAUGCUUCUUUCUAUCGCUUUGUGAAACCACCAGCAAACCUUGUUGUCCUUGAAGGGGAUUGCUUGGAUACCAGUGGUGAUGGUGGAGAAUUAGAAUCAUACCUGGUAUGACUUAUGUUUGCACCUUUUCUUUACAUAUAAAUAAUUAAGAAAGUUUAAUUAGGAGGUGGAAUAAUGUAUAUAAAGACUUAUCUUUCUUGGAAAUUCUUUGGAUGAUGAAACCUAUGAAUAUAAUCUUAUCUUGUCUUUUUGGAAA